AAAGCUUGGAACAUAACAUUAACUCCUCAAACCACCAUGGAAGGAGGACUUUUCUCUGCUCACAAGCCUACUUUUCUUCUUCUUCUCCUUCAUAUUUUCCUGCUUGCUCUGCUUCCAUUCAAGGCCAUUUCAUCACCAAAAACACAGGCAGAAGCUUUGCUAACUUGGAAGAACACCUUUGCUUCUGCACCACCUUCUCUCCCUUCAUGGUCCCUCACUAACCUCAACAAUCUUUGCAACUGGUAUGCCAUUGUUUGUGACCAGAACAGCGAACAAGUUUCCCAAAUUGACCUCUCCAACUUCAACAUCGCUGCAACGCUAACCCAUUUCAACUUCACCCCAUUUCUCAAUCUCACCCAAUUCAACCUAUCUGGCAACUAUUUCACAGGGCAUGUGCCAUCUGCCAUUGGCAAACUCUCCAAGCUCACAACUUUGGACUUGGGCAACAACUUUUUCGAUCAAGAAAUACCUGUGGAGAUAGGCAAGUUAACAGAGCUCAAGUAUCUGAGUUUCUUCAACAACACUCUCACUGGUGUAAUUCCCUCUGAGCUGAGCAAUCUCCAAAAGGUGCAGUUUUUGAUUCUUGGAGCCAACUACAACUUACAAACUCCUGACUGGUCUAAAUUUUCAGGCAUGCCUUCUUUGACAUACCUUGAUUUGUCAAGCCGUCUUGAUUCAGAAUUCCCAGAAUUUGUAUCUAAAUGUUUGAACUUGACAUUCCUGGACUUGUCUGAAAAUUUCUUUACUGGCCAAAUACCACAACAAGUAUUUACCAAUCUGAGCAAGCUUGAAUAUCUCAAUCUCACCAACAACCAAUUCCAAGGACCACUGCCAUCAAACUUUCCCAAGCUUAAACACCUUCAUUUAGCACAAAACAACUUCAGUGGUGCCAUUCCUGAAGCUAUUGGUUUGAUAUCUGGUCUUCAGCGUAUUGACUUGGCUUGGAAUUCCCUUGAAGGGCCAAUUCCAUCCUCCAUAGGCCAACUCAGGGAGCUUAAAUACCUUGAUCUUAGAGAGAAUUCCUUAAACUCUUUAAUCCCUUCUGAGCUUGGUCUUUGUACCAGCCUCACCUACUUGGACCUGACUUCCAAUCACCUUGAAGGGAAAAUUCCGCCUUCUAUAGGCCAACUCAGAGAGCUCCAGCACCUUGAUCUUAGAGAGAAUUCCUUAAACUCUUCAAUCCCGUCAGAUAUAGGAAGAUUAUCACAUUUGAUAAGCUUGGAUCUUUCGGGAAACCACCUCUCUGGGUCAAUUCCUCCAACACUAAGCAACCUUUCAAAUAUUCAGAUCUUAAAUCUUUCCAACAACAAUCUCAAUGGCCCAUUCCCGCCAGAGAUUUGUGCCCUCUACAUGAUAGAUUUGUCUAAUAACAAUUUGACACAGGAAAUCCAAAAAGCCCCCGACGAUACUUUUGUUGGAAACUCUGGCUGGUGUGGAGAUGCUAGGGGCCUAACUAGAGCGCGCAAUUCCAAAAAAAAUAACAACGAAGUUAUAAUUGUUGUCCUUGUACCUGUUUGGGGUUUAUCAGUGGUUGCAACUACAAUUGCUCUGAUUCUUAUGUUCCAUAAGAAAACCAAGCGUGUUCUUAAGAAAAUCAAUAGUGCUCAAAACUUUGAGAAUUUUGAGUCAAUGAUAUUGCAAGAAGAAGUAAAAUUUACGUUUGGGGAAGUUGUAAAGGCCAUAGACGAUUUUCAUGAGAAGUACUGUAUUGGAAAAGGAGGAUUUGGAAGAGUAUACAAGGCAGAGUUGCUAUCAGGUCAAGCUGUUGCAGUUAAGAGGCUUAACACGUCAGACUCUAACGACAUUCCAGCAAUCAAUCUCCAAAGUUUUGAGAAUGAAAUCCGAACUCUGACAAAUAUCCGGCAUAGGAACAUCAUUCGGCUAUAUGGGUUCUGUUCAAGGAGGGGAUGCAUCUUCUUGCUUUAUGAAUAUUUAGAAAGAGGCAGCCUGGGAAAGGCAUUGUAUGGGGUUGAUGGGGUAAUUGAACUUGGAUGGGCUACAAGGGUCAAAGUUGUGAAAGGAUUAGGUCAUGCACUUUCUUACUUGCACCACGACUGCUCUCCACCAAUUGUGCACCGUGAUGUAACUGUCAACAAUGUGUUGCUCGAGUCAGAUUUCGAAGCCCGACUUUCUGAUUUUGGAACAGCAAGACUGAUUAGUGCCAAUUCGUCCAACUGGACCCAUAUCGUUGGCUCAUUUGGCUACAUGGCACCAGAGCUUGCAUUGACAAUGCGAGUCACGGAUAAGUGUGAUGUGUAUAGCUUUGGAGUGGUGGCGCUGGAAGUUAUGAUGGGAAGGCACCCAGGGGAUCUGCUAGAAUCCCAGCUUUCUGAAUCAUCACAAUCAAUGAAGGAGGACAAUGCAGAGUUGCUUUUGAAGGAUUUGUUAGACCAAAGGCUGGAGGCUCCAAGAAAUGAAUUGGCAAAGGCAGUGGUGCUUGUGAUGAGUUUAGCCUUGACUUGUAUACGUACGCGUCCCGGGUCUCGGCCUACAAUGCUUUAUGUAGCACAAAAACUAUCAGUUCAAAGUCUGCCUUCCCUUCCUUUACCAUUUGGCAUGCUAACCAUCAACAAGCUGAUGGGGAUAUAAAACUAGAAGGAAAAAAAAUAAAACUAGUUACAUAAUUUAUGUUAUCUAUUUUAGAAGAAAAUCACAUUUUUGUUACAUAAUUUA